CUCCUGCAGAAAGGGGGCAGCGCUCUCCAGUGCACGACGGCCACGACGGGCGCAGCGCGGGUAACUAUGCGCGCCCCACGCGGGCGAAGCGCGGCGUGGCUGCAGCGCGCCACGGCCCCCGCGGCAUUGGGCGCGGAGGCCCCGAGGCCGAGCGCAGGCAGAGGCUAGGAUACCACGACACAGGCAGAUUGCCGACGAUCCGCUGGGAGGCGGAGGCCCCGAGGCCGAGCGCAGGCAGAGGCUAGGAACACGAGGCCCUCCGCCGGCCAAAACGCACAGAACAUCCAAGGGUGCCCUCCCCAAGGUGCACGAGAAUACCCAGCAAGCACGAAGAACAUCAGGGUAUAGCACAGGGAGAGUGCCUGCAGGCAGAGAGGAGGCUGCCAAAAGAGAAAAGAUCCGAGGACUCCGACGGCACAGCCCUGAAGAGCUGCUCGUGCACAGGAGGCUCCUCUCCUGCUGCACGCCGGCGCUGCUGCACACCUCGCUCCGUCUCGCUGCACGUUCUGUCGCAGGCUUCGCCGCGCGCUGAUCUUUCUCUAUCGUUUCUCCGCACGGUCGCCGCCACACGCCCCCUUCGCCAUGGCAAGAGAUCUCCCGACGCACUAGUGAGUGCGGAAUCGGCGGACUCCCCUGCACGCCAAUGCAUCGAGGGGCGAAUUCAAAUGAUCAGUUGUGGCAUCGAGCCAACAAGCACGACAACCUGUACAGCGCGACACGAGUGAUACAUUGGCGCCCGGCCGAGCAGACGAGAAGUGGCAACGCGAAGUAUUCUGCUGCGCUUUGCCCCCCCCCCCCCCCCCACGCGCCCCUCCCGCCACGCCUGGCGGAGCGCAGCGGCCCCAUGCUUUGGGGGCCCGCGCCCGUGCGCUGCGCUAAGUUAGAGGGCUCGGCUCGGCAACUCCUGGAAGGUCUUCCGCCGACUCUGAAUGGAACCUCCCAGGAGCUGCAUCCUGAGCCAAGGAGGCGAGGCAGGCACAGCCAGGCGCCAGCCCACGACGCCAGCUUGGCCCAUGGACGCCGCGCCUCGUCGUGCCCCCUCGGGCGAGACGAGAAAGGACUCCCUGCACUGCCAGCAGGCCCUGACCUCCGACGGCGACGCCGCAGCGGCGCUGCGCUCCUGGCUCUCAGUCGCCACGCCCGGAGCCCUCCGCCCGGACGCCCGGUCAGCGUGCUGCCAGGAGCGCACGUGCGCGUCGCUGCACAAAUCCUUCUCCCCUCUGGCGUGGCCUGGGCCCCACUGGUCGAUCUACUCUCCUA